ACUGAUUUAUUUGCAACAACUCCAAUGGCCAGGGAACAUUUCCAUGACUGUGCUGCCUUCCCAACACAAAGGGUUUCUGUUUGCCAGUUUGCCAAUUCUUCAGUUGCCUAGAGAUCGUAAACAGUAGUAGCCAAGCUGUUGGGAAAGAUGUGUGGCUGUACCUCUAGUACCGAGACUACCUCAUAUUCUCCAAAUCAUCCAAAGGAUGUUUCUUCAACCAAAGUUUCAAAGAAAACGUUCAAACGCAUUCCAAUUUCCAAGCAGUUGUCUUCUAUAAAGGCUCUAGGAAAAAGUUCUGAGCUAGAAAAAGCCGUGGCUACAGCAGCCUUGGUUUAUGAUAAUGCGGCAGAUGCCGAGGGCAAACUCAGCAAAUCUGAAGCUAAGAAGCUGCUCCUAAUUCAGUUUACGCAUUUUAUACAGGGUCAAGAAACCAAACCAAAGUACCAGGAAAUGAUGUCUGCUCUUGAUGAGAACAAGAAUGACAAAAUCGAUUUUGAAGAUUUUAUGGUUCACGUAGUUAGCCUUACCUUGAUGUCUGAUCUGCGGCAAGAUAUUCAAAAUGUGCAGAAAACUAAAUGAUUAAGAACAUCAAAUAAAUAAACUGGGUUGGGAAAGGGGGAGAUUGGAUUUUUAAAGUAAGUGCUUUAGGGCAGAGGUCCCCAACCUUUUGGGCACCAGAGACCGGUUACAUGGAGAGAGGUUUUUCCAUGGACUGGAGGGGGCAUGGUUUUGUGUGCUGCCUGCAUCCUGUAGAUGGGGCUUUCCUUGUUUGUGCGGACUGUUUGCUGGCAUGCGGCGGCCUGGUACUGGGGGUUGGGGACCUCUGCUUUAGGGAACAUUACUAUUCCAGAUAGAAUUAUUUGGGACAUUAUUAAUAUCUAUCAAUAAAUCAGUAUAGACUAAGGAGUUCUUUGGGCAGCAAAUGUACAAAACUAGGUUAGUCAUCCAAUUCUGUGAUUUUAAACAAGAAAGAAUGCACUUUGAAAAGAAAUAACACUAAAUUCUGUGGAAUAUUGUUCUAGAUGAAGUAUGUUUAUUAAAUAAAAUGUUAAUGAACAAAUCUAUCUGUAAAAUUCAGAUUGUGGUCUAGAUACAGCCAUAUUGCAAUAGUGUAUAACAGACAUGUCAAACUCGCGACAUCAUGUGACGUCGGCGACAUAUCAGGACUGUUUUGCCGUUGCCGGCAAUGGGUUGGGCGUGGCUUCUGCAUGAUGCAUCCAGCCCAUGGGCCGGCAGUUUGACACUCCUGAUGUACAAUAGGGAAUCCUGCCCUGAUUCCAGAUCUCUCAUAAAAAUAAAUGUUUUUAUCCAUACCCAGUAACUGAUAGAAACAUAUCUCUCCAUUUAUAUAAGGAAUGGCUAUGGAGAAGAUACUUGAUGAGGUAUAUGAUUAUUUUGCCUUAAAUAUUGAUUAACUUGUUUACACAGAAAUACAGUACCGUAUAUUCCGGCGUAUAGGGCGACCCGGCGUAUAAGACAACCCCCAAGUUCGACGCCGAGUCGCAAGACGAUCGAUGCCGAGUCGCAUGCCUAGAAAGUCAUCUUAUAUGCCGGAAAUACUGGUAUUUCCGGCAUAUAAGACGAUCGACGCCGAGUCGCACGCCUAGAAAGUCAUCUUAUACGCCGGAAACUACCUUACUUCCAGUGUAUAAAACGACUCGGCUUAUAAGAUGACCCCCGAGUUCAGCGCCUGUUUCAACGCUCUCAAAAGUCGUCUUAUACGCCGGAAUAUAUGGUAGCUGAUCCCCUUUCUCUGUUAUACAGACAAGAAUUCAAGCCAGGAAUUUCAACUUGGAAAGAUCUAAAUACAUACUAGUAAAGUAUAAUUGUUCAAUACCCUCGAUAACUAUUCUGAAUGAACUUCACAUUGGCUUGUUACGGAAUUUUACCUUCAGUAAUUUUACCUAUCUUGAGGGAACUUUCAGGAUUGGGAAGCUGAUAUUCAAUACUGGUUUAUGUGGCUAAAUUUAAAGGAAGCUUAAACCAGUUAUUCCUAGUGGCUUUGAUUUAUUAUUCCAAGCUCCAUUAAGCUAUCAUAAUUAAACUACCAAUACAAUAAUAAAACUAUUUCUUUAAAAAA